AUGGCUGGGAUGCAAGCAGGAAGCUUUUCCAGAGAAGUCUACUGGAGUGACUUGCAAAACAGAGAGAACGAGGCUUGGGGGUCUUAUGAUCUUUCAAUGGCCAUAAUACUAGCUUCUCAUGGUCUCGGUUUCUCAGGAUCAAUAUCUUCUCUAAAGCUUGAGAAUGAUAUUCCUGAACGCAAUAGGUUUUUCAGGUUUCGGGUGAAUGCCGCAAGCAUAGUUAAGAAAAACAUUAAUGGUCCAGCUUUGGUUAAGGCACCAAAAAUCAGGGGCUUUAAAGAGCUUCCAUUUACAGAGGAACUGAAAGUUCUGGCCUCAGAUGAAGGUUUCAGUUGGGCCAAUGAAAAUUAUAGUUCCUGGCAAAGGAGUAUAGAUGUGUGGUCGUUUGUUCUUUCUCUACGUAUUCGUCUUCUUUUGGACAAUGCAAAGUGGACAUAUGUUGGAGGCUUCACAGAAGAUAAGCAAAAAAGUAGAAGGCAAAGAACUGCAUCAUGGUUGCGAGAAUGUGUGCUUCAACUUGGUCCAACUUUUAUCAAACUUGGACAGUUAUCAUCAACUAGGUCUGAUCUAUUUCCACGAGAGUUUGUGGAUGAACUCACCAAGUUGCAGGAUAGAGUCCCUGCGUUUUCACCAGAGAAAGCUAGAAAUUUCAUAGAAAGAGAAUUGGGAGGCCCAAUUGAUGCAUUUUUCAAGGUGUUUGAAGAUAGGCCAAUUGCUGCAGCCAGUCUUGGUCAGGUGCAUCGCGCCAUUUUACAUAACGGAGAGAAGGUGGUUGUGAAAGUUCAGCGGCCUGGUCUCAAGAAACUUUUUGAUAUUGAUUUACGAAAUCUGAAACUAAUUGCAGAGUAUUUUCAGAGAAGUGAAACAUUUGGAGGUCUUACAAGGGAUUGGAUCGGUAUAUAUGAAGAAUGUGCCACGAUUUUGUAUCAAGAAAUCGAUUAUAUAAAUGAGGGUAGAAAUGCUGAUCGGUUCCGCCGGGAUUUCCGAAACAUAAAGUGUGUUCGUGUACCUCUGGUGUUUUGGGAUUACACUGCUACAAAGGUAUUGACAUUGGAGUAUGUUCCAGGUGUCAAAAUCAACAAUUUGGAAGUGAUAGAUGCGCAGGGCUAUGAUCGUACUCAAAUUUCUUCACGUGCAAUUGAAGCAUAUUUAAUUCAGAUACUAAAAACUGGCUUCUUUCAUGCGGAUCCUCAUCCUGGAAAUCUUGCUAUUGAUGUGGAUGGAUCACUCAUUUACUAUGAUUUUGGCAUGAUGGGGGAGAUAAAAUCUUUCACCCAGAAAAGACUGCUCAAUCUUUUCUAUGCAUUUUAUGAAAAGGAUGCAAAAAAGGUAAUGUUAAGCCUGAUAGAUCUUGAAGCACUCCAGCCCACUGGAGACAUGUCAUCGGUGAGGAGGUCUGUGCAGUUUUUCUUGGACAAUUUAUUAAGUCAGACACCAGAUCAGCAGCAAACUUUGGCCUCAAUUGGUGAGGAUUUGUUUGCAAUAGCUACAGAUCAGCCAGUCCUCUUCCCCUCCACAUUUACCUUUGUAAUGAAGGCUUUUAUAACACUCGAAGGAAUUGGUUACACGCUAGACCCGAAUUUUUCCUUUGUGAAGAUUGCUGCACCUUAUGCACAGGAGUUAUUAGAAUUAAAAGAGAAGCAGCGGUCUAGAACACAACUUGUGAAGGAGAUAAGGAGACAAGCCAAUGAUGCCAGAAUGUACACCAUGUCCAUGCCAUACAAAGUCCAGCGUAUAGAGGAAUUUGUUAAACAACUUGAGUCCGGAGAUUUAAAACUCCGAGUGAGGGUACUUGAGUCAGAAAGAGCUGCUCGAAAGGCAACCGUACUUGAAAUGGCUACUAUUUAUACAGUUUUUGGUGCAACCCUGCUAAAUAUUGGGAUCACGGUUAGCAGCCAAGGUAGCCAAGUAAUAGCGAAUGGAUCUUUCAUUGGGGCUGGUGUUUUCUUCACGCUAUUAAUUGGGUCCAUGCAAAGAGUGAAGAAGCUUGAUAAAUUUGAGAGGAAGAUUUGAUCUUUUGCAGCAAACAAGCACCUCUCUUACCUGUAUAGUGAAU